GGGAGGGACCUCGCUGGCACGGAGCAGAGAGAGCGUCUGGAAAUCACUGUCCUCGCACAGAGAGGAAAAAGGCCCCCCGAAGGAGCGGCGCAGGGGCAAGCCCGCCUCUCAGGGUUUUGUGUUUCUGUUUCUCGCUGUCACGAUGCUGCCGAGUCCGGGAUCUGUGAGUUCGGCGCGACUUUACGUUUUGGUUCGGGUGCGGGACAUGUCGGAUGCUCUCUGCUGCUGCUCAGUCGCGCUGGCAGUCCUGGCGGGGAGGACUGCAAGGCCCAGCAUGCCCCGCGCGCCCCUGACCUUUCACCCCGUCACAGACCCCCCCGCCAAGACAGGGGGAAUUAUGGGAUGUCCCCCCGGGUCGGGGUGAGAGCUGUGGAGUGGGGAAACAACCAAAAUAUCGAAAUAUUAAAAUAAGUCUAAACGCCCCCGGAAGUGCGUUGAGGCCACGCCCCAGUGCGGGGGGUCAAGGGUCACGCUUUUUGGCGGGAGAUCGGGCAGCAGCUGUGUCUUGAGGUGGAGGCGGCGGGUAAGGACACUUCCCUUGUGGGCCGGAUGGUGCUGGGCGCUGUACAGACAUGGAGCUAAAAGUCAGCCUUGCCUCUAUGGAGCUUGGCAAGAAGCCAUGGGUAGACUGGAGAGCAUGAGGAAGUACUAAGGCAGUUUCUUACCCAUUGCAGUACCAAGGUCCUGUCUCCCUUGCUCCUUACUGGAGGCACUGAUGGCCCAGAUGAGGUGACAGCCCCAUCUCAGCAAACCCACGGGCAGCUUGGAUCAGCUAGCUGGGAUCUUAGGAGGACCAGGAAUGGCUCCAGUUAAAAUUAACCACGUGGUGUCCUUCACAUCGCAGGACCCCAAGCACCCAGUGGAGAACCUGCUCUGUGAGGACAGCCUUCGUCCCUGGCUGAGCUGUCCCCGGGACCGGAGCAGGCAGCUCAGAGUGGAGCUGCAGUUGGAGCGGGCAAGUCCCAUUGGCUACAUAGACGUAGGGAACUGUGGCUGUGCCUUCCUGCAGAUUGAGGUGGGGCGCUCGUCUUGGCCUCUAGACCAGCCCUAUGUCACCCUGCUGCCCAGCACCACACUCAUGACACCAGCGGACUCGAAGUUGGACCAGAACCGCUCGGGGGUCCGCAUGUUCAAAGAAGGGGAUUUCCUGGCCAGUGCGCAAGGCGAGAAGUGGGAUCGCCUGCGCAUCACCUGCAGCCAGCCUUUCAACAAGCAGACCCAGUUCGGCCUCUCCUUCCUGCAUCUCCGCACCCCACUGGACCCUGACCCCAGCCAGGCAGCACCGGUGCCACAGCACAGCUCGGAAGAGCUGACUGCCAGCCCCUGGCUCGCCAACCCUGCUUUCCGCCGGACGUUUUUCCCUGAGGCACAGCCGAGCAUGGAGCAGCAGAAGGAGCUGAGGAGCUGCCUGCAGCAGCUGGAGCCUGGCUCUGGGUCCCAUCCCCACAGCCCAGCUGGUCUCAGCCGGACAGCUAGGAUGGUGCUGUCAGCAACCCAGGCCCGUGCCUGCCCACCUCCACCUGUGUCCAGCACGAGCUCUCCUGCUGCUGAUGGCCUGGAGCAGCAAGCCCAAGACCUAGCUGUGAGCCCCACGGCAUCAGGCGCCAUUCAGGCCAUCCAGGCCCCUCCAGCU